ACCGUCUGUCUUCUUCACUGAUGCUGCUGCUGUAUGUUGGAUGAACUUUGAUGGGUAAACGCCACAGUGUUUCUUUCAUCGAAAAGGAAAACAUUCACCGUGGCCGCAUAAUAAAUAGCUGCAAGCAGCACCAGGCAGAAUAUAGUGAAUAUAGUUUGUCUGGUUGGCGUUUUAAAAAACGACAAUAUCCCACUUAUAAUAGAUAUCGGCGGUAUACCGAAACUUUUCAACCAUGAGAAUUUUUUAGAAAAUCAUUCAAUAGUGAGCUGGACAAAGACCGACUGAAUUGGGUGAAAAGGUAUAAAGGCACAAGAAAGAACCAUGGUUAAACCUACUCCGAUGGAGGAGAAGCUCAAGUACUCGCUUCUGCGAGACUUGAACGACAGUCAGAGUAUAUGGACCAGAAACGAAAAGCGAACUUGGUUUCUGACUCUCCUGGCUGGAACUUGUAUGCUAUAUUCGACGAGGACAACGAUGCCUCUACUGGUACCAGCUGUAGCAUCCGAACGAAAGUGGAGCAAGACAGACUCUGGGACGGUGUUAAGUUCGUUUUUCUGGGGUUAUACGCUGACCCAGGUCCUCGGGGGCUACCUGAGUGACAAAUUCGGCGGACAGAAAGUGGUACUGCUUUCCGCUAUCGGUUGGUCUCUCAUCACAUUCUGGAUGCCAAACAUCAUCACAUCAGCGUCGUACCUAUCCAGCUAUUCGAUUCCGUUCAUCGUUGCGGUACGCAUCGUCAAUGGAGCCUGCCAGGGAGUUCACUUCCCCAGCAUGAUUAGCAUCACUAGUCAAAAUCUAAGUGCGUCGGAGCGGACGAGCUUCUUCAGCAUUCUUACGUCCGGAUCGGCGUUGGGUACCCUUCUGACCGGUAUCCUUGGAUCGUUCAUUCUGGACUACUUCGGCUGGCCGACCGUGUUCCGGGUAAUCGGAUUCCUUGGGUUGUCGUGGACUCUGUUCCUGCGCUACUACACCAUGGCCACCGAUCGUUACCGAAUCAUCAAUCUGUCCCAACCGAGCCGGAUUUGCUCGAAGCUGGGCCAUUCGGAAACAGUCCCUUGGCUCAAACUGUUCGGCAGGACUUCCUUCUGGGCGUGCGUUCUUUCGCAUGCAUGCGAGAUGAAUUGCUUCUUUGUACUGCUCUCCUGGUUACCGACGUAUUUCCACGAAAACUUCCCACAUGCUAAGGGAUGGGUGGUGAACAUGAUUCCAUGGCUAGCCCUGCCACCCGUCACCAUCCUAGGGAAAGCCUUCACCGAAGCACUGAUCGCCCGCCAGUGGUCACUGACGAAAAUCCGGAAGCUGGUGCAAAGCUUCUGCUUCCUCGGACAGAAUGCAGCCCUUUUCAUCAUGUGUCACACUGAGCAGUUCAACACUGCCCUGGCGUGCAUGUCAAUUAUAAUCGGCCUAUCCGGUUUCCACAACAACGCCGUCACCGUGAACCCGCAGGACUUGGCGCCGAGCCAUUCGGGUAGCGUUUUCGGCCUCAUGAACACUGUCGGAGCCAUUCCCGGCUUUCUGGGCGUCUAUCUGGCGGGGCACAUUCUCGAACUGACGCAAAGCUGGUCAGCGGUGUUUAGCACGGCGGCGGCCAUCAACACCGUCGGUUGGUUCGUCUUCACGAUCUUCGGUAGCGCCGAAGCAAUUGUUUAGGGCAAGACUUUAAUUGAGUUACCGCGGCGCGGACGACGGAGGCAAAACUUAGCCAAUUUUUUUUUAAACAAUUGUAUUUAUAGAUAUGGUGAAUAAAAUCUGUUACUCAUUCCUAUAGCUGAAAACGUACCAAAACUGCUCUCUCGCCGAAGCGGCGUGAGGUUCGAAACCAGAUUGGUUCGAACAAAAUUUGUAAGUAUGAAAUAUUUCCAGAAUAAAUCAUUCAAACGUGUAUCGUGACCGUAC